CUCUGCAGCAUUUCCCAUUGAGAGCUCUUCCAGCUUCUCUUUAAGGCUUACGGCUCUUGUUUUGGAUGGUAGCAGAGCAGAGCUCAUGCUGAGCACCGACAGGAUGGAGGAGUUUCAGAGUGAGGAAGAGGAGCCCUGGUAUGACCAGCAGGACUUAGAACAAGACUUGCACUUAGCAGCUGAACUGGGGAAGACGCUGCUGGAACGCAACAAAGAACUGGAGGAUUCUUUGCAGCAGAUGUACGCAACCAACGAGGAGCAAGUACAAGAGAUAGAGUAUUUGACAAAACAACUGGAAAUGUUACGGCACAUGAAUGAACAGCACGCCAAAGUCUAUGAGCAGCUGGAUAUGACUGCACGAGACCUAGAACUGGCGAAUCAGAAGCUUAUGCUGGAAAGCAAGGCAUCUCAGCAAAAGAUCCAAUGCCUGACAGAAACCAUUGAAGGGCUACAGAACCAGGUGGAUGAGCUACAAAAACAGGUAGAAGAGUUACAGAGCCUCGAUCAGCUUCGGGUCCGCCGGGAGAAGAGAGAGAGGCGCCGAACCAUCCAUACAUUCCCUUGUCUCAAGGAGCUGUGUUCAAGCCCCAGGUACGAAGAUGCAUUCCAGCUUCACAGCUCUUCAAUGGAGUUCAAUCAGAUGCCCUUGGAGCGUGAGAAUGAGCGACUGCAAGCCAUGGUAAAUACUCUCAGGUCACAAGUCAACCAGGAGAAGCAGCGAAAGGAAAGAGUGGAGAGAGAAUAUACAUCUGUCAUCCAGGAGUACUCAGAUCUGGAACAGCGGGUGUGUGAGAUGGAGAGCUGCAAGCUGCGCAUUAAAGAGCUGGAAGCAGAGUUACUGGAACUCCAGCAGAUGAAACAGGUUAAGAAGUAUCUUCUCAGCAGAGAGGACAACUUGUCAGAAGCACUUCUGGAACCAUUAAACAAUGCUCCGGAAGCUGACUACAUUGACCUCUCUGAGGAAGAUGGAGGCAAAAGCCAUGACUCAUCCAUGGCAGCCUCCCCUAACCAUCCUGUAAGGAAGAGUUGUAGCGACACAGCCCUCAAUGCCAUAGUGACCAAGGAUGCUGUCAGCCGCCAUGAAGGCAACUACACACUCCAUGCCAAUAACGUACGCAAAAGGGGGAUGUCCAUCCUUAGGGAAGUGGAUGAACAAUACCACGCUCUUCUGGAAAAGUAUGAGGAGCUCCUCAGCAAGUGCCGGCAGCACAAGGACAGCGUGCGCCAUGCCGGCGUCCAAACCUCUCGCCCCAUCUCUCGGGACAGCUCCUUUAGAGACUUCCGGGGAGAAGGUUAUGAGCUAGAUGAGCUCAAGACCAUGGAGAAGAGCCUUAGCAAACAUGUGGAGGCGGUGGACAAGAGGCUAGAGCAGAGCCAGCCGGAGUACAAAGCCCUCUUCAAAGAGAUCUUCUCCCGAAUCCAGAAGACAAAAGCAGACAUCAAUGCCACAAAGGUGAAAAAGAAGACCAGUAAAUGAGGCCUGUCACUUUUUGUAUUCCUUCAUCUAUGGAUUCAACAUCAAGCGCUUCUCUUUAGCCCCAGGAAACAUUCCAUGGCCUUCUGCCUCCCAGACUUGGAAGCUUCUCGCACUGAUGUUUUGCACAAAAAGGAAACCUCAUGGAUGGAGUGUUCCAAGUGUGGGAAGAGCCUAGUCCUAUAUUUUACGUCCAAACAACCAAGAGCCUUGUGGUAUCUUAAAGAGUAGCAAAAUUUUAUUAUAGCACAAGCUCACUGAUGUCCACCAAAAGCUUAUGUUACAACAUGUAUUCGUCUUGAAGGUACCACCAAACUCUUGUUGUUGUUUUCCUGCAGCAGACUAACACAGCUCAUAUCCUCCUAGAAAUUAUUGAAUUCAGCAGUCCAAGCUUGCCUGGGUGCCUGAAUGUGCUGCGAAAGCUAGAUGUUGUCACUGGUAUCCAAGAUUUUAGCAGGAAUGCCUGCACAUCACUGCAGCAGCAGUUAAAAACCGGUGUUUGAUCAAUGAGCCACGGCCUCACCUUCUCUAACAGUUGCUAUUCCUUCCUGCAAAUAGCAAAGGGGUCAACCUUUAAAUGGCCUGGAAUGUCUACAGAACGUAAGAGGAGGGAAAAUCUUUUUUUUUUCUUCCUCCUUCUUCUUUCCUUUCUUCCUUUUGUUUUUGAAAGAGGCAACUUCAGUUCAUGUAAUCUUUCUCUUUUUUUUCUCCAUAUUUCCACACACCCACCCCAAAGAACCCACACGAUGCAUCAGUGAGACUUUUAAAUGGGCUGUUCUCUUUCCUGAAGGGGAACAUGUUCCUCCUAUUUAAGCCAUUCUCUCUUAUUGGUCAGGUUUUUCAAUAUUUACAAUGCAGGUUCAUUGCAACUGGAAAAACUUGAAGAGAAAUGUUGGACUAAUUACAUCUUCAUCAAACAUACCUACUUGUUCUAGACAUAUAUCAAGAUAGAGUGCGCACAGGAUUUACACUUGCUCUAGGAUUUUAAUUGUCUAAGUUGUCAUCACUUUUAUUCAUGUAGCUUGGGCUUCUUCAUAAGCCAAACAAAAAGUGCUAUUACUGGCUUGGAAGACACCCUUGUCUUCAUAAGGGUGUUGAUUUUCUAUGCCUUGCUGUUCAAGUGAUUAUUCCUUAUUAUCUUUUCUGGCUGGCUCCUAAGACAUGAUUUGCAUGAGUGUGCAAAGAGAGAAUAGUGGUGCCUCAUGGAAGUAGGAGUAAAUCUGCAAAAACACCAAGUUCAGUUUUCCUUAGUACUAAUAUUAAUAUAUUCCACACGCUCACUUGUUAAUUAGAUUUCCAUUUGCUAAGCUGCCUUUUUCAAAGGCACUCUUUAAUUCGUGUAUACAUAUACCACAUAUUUGUACACAGAAAGUCUCUCUCCAGUCUCAGGAAUCAUCAUCAGUAUGUAUUUCAUAGAACUGCAGAACUGAGCUCCUUUAGUCACAUAUAGUUAAGCAGCAUUUACUUAUGGUCACAUGUACAUGUGAAGAUAAGCAGUAUUAUAUUUCACUAAGCUUAGGGUGCACAUAGCAGAGUUCUCACCUGUGAGGGAGCAACUGUAGCAAUGAGUUUUAACUUACCGAGCAGUAUUAUACUUGAAGAUAUUUCGGACCAGUUUUAUCUGUACCUGAAUAAAACCCAAAGUCUGUGGGGGUUCCUUUGGAAUUAUUCUAGUGUAAAUGAGAUUUCAGUCUGCCUUUUGAUUAUUGUCAGCAUACGGUCUUCAUAUUCUCUCAUUCAUAGACAUGGCUCUUUCUUUGACUGUGAGACUCAAACCACAUUGUUUGCAGUAGCUAACGCUACCAAGCCUGAGCAAGUGGCUUGAGGACCACAAAUUCUUACAGGUAGCUGUCAUCGUAGCAGUCUUUGCCAUUUUUGCCUCUUGCUUGUGCUUUUAACAUUUCAUUAACCUAGACCUGGUUUUGAACUGAAGCCAGUUUUUUUUUCUGAACUCAGUAAAUACAGGGUAAGAAGACAGUUGUAUGGGAAGUCAGUGGUUAAGGCAGAGUGAGCAUUUUCAUUCUUUUGCGCCCUGAUUUUCAUCUCGUAAUGUGUGUGCUACAUUCUUGCCAUGGGAAACUCUGUGGUUCUUGUGUUCAGCCAGUUGAAGUCACUUUUGUAAUAUGUGAAAGUACUUUUGAAUUAGCCUGCCCAGAGGCCCGUGUUCCAGAUAGAUUCUUCAUUGGUUACUUAAUGCCAAAACUUCUUUUGUACCCUUGAUGUGGCCCAAACUUCGAAGUAUUAGGAGCCAUACACAUGACUGUGGCGACCACUUUGGUAACCAUACAACAAAACCUUCAUGCCUUACAGUAAAAAAAAAUCAGUAAUCUGUAAAAAGUAACAAAGGAAGUUGGUUGUCUUGGAGCAUUUAUUUUGCUCUGCAUUUUUGUCAUCAUACCUGCUGGUGUUUGGAUUAAUUUUCCUUUACUACCUUUCUACUAAGAGACUUUGAACCAGUAUUUGUUCUGAAGGCAUCUCUUUGUUGCAUUGGUAUUUAGGGUGGGAGGGGCCAUUGCAGUCAUCUUCAGUUUUGAACACUGUUAAUGUGCAAACCAGCAUCCCAGUUUAAGUGUAGUAUACUUUAAAUUAAUAUAUUUAAAAAUGCUUUAUUCUCUUCUUAAAUAAAAAAGAAAUA